GAUGUGGUCGUUCGAAGACAUACUGAUUGUUAAAUUUCGGCGAUUUGUCCCAUGUGACUUGGAAUAAGAAUUCUGCAGCACAUGGUUUGGCAAAGUAUGCCCUUCGGUUAGACGAUGAGCUAUCCUGAUUCGAGGAGGUGUCUCCGCCGAUUGUGGAUUGAUGCUUUGUUUAAUUAUGUGUAAUUUUGAUCACCGCGUCAAAAAAAAAAAAAAUUACAAAAGUACUCUUUUUUUUUUUUUUCUAAGGUUGAAGUAACCCUAAUGUGUUGAAAUGGGGGAGAAAUGAAGAGAGAGGUGAACAAAUAGGAAUAUCGAUAGAAUAGAGGACAUGAAGGCAAAGUCGAUAGGCGACAAGUGAGGAGUUUGUGGCUUUCUCCGUCGCCGACCUUCUUUUCUGGAAGAAGGUUUUACGGGCGGAACUUGGAGACGUUACUCAAUGGCAUUAGCUUAGCAUUAGACCGUAUCGUUUAAAGGAUGUACGGAAGAACGGGACUUGAUAGGUUCAAGAAAGCUCAGUCCUUGGAACCCUUUGCUGUAUCUGUCAGUGCUGGUUCGAAAUCCAAUUCCAGGCCUCAAACAAAACCGGUUUUGAAUUUGCAACAUCAGACUGCUCAACACCAAAAGCAAUCCCAUGUUUCUCAAAAACUAGGAUCAGGGCAGGAGGCAGCACCAUUGGUAGGACAGAGCCAGCCUGUGACCCAAGUUGGAGGAGGCCAGUCAACCUGGCAGCCACCUGAUUGGGCUAUUGAACCACGGGCUGGUGUCUAUUUUCUUGAGGUUAUGAAGGAUGGCGAAGUUCUUGAUCGCAUAAAUCUUGAUAGGCGGAGGCAUAUUUUUGGGAGGCAAUCCCCUGCCUGUGAUUUUGUGCUUGAUCAUCAAUCAGUUUCACGCCAGCAUGCUGCUGUGAUUCCUCACAAGAAUGGAAGCAUAUAUGUAAUCGAUUUGGGGUCUGCACAUGGUACUUUUGUGGCAAAUGAGAGGCUGACUAAAGAUAAUCCUGUUGAGCUUGAGGUGGGGCAGUCUCUAAGAUUUGCUGCAUCAACUAGAAUUUAUAUUUUGAGAAAGAAUAAUGCUGCUCUUUUCCCUCGUCCUCCACUAUCGACAGAGAUUAACCUACCACCCCCUCCUGAUCCGUCUGAUGAUGAAGCUGUUUUAGCCUAUAAUACACUUCUAAAUCGCUAUGGUAUUAGCAAGGCUGACACGUUGCCUAAAUCCAGUGUGACUGGUAGCUCAGCAGGUGGAACAGAUGGCAGCCAGAACUUAGAGAGAGCUGCUAAGAGAAUUAAAAAGGCCAGAGUUGUUUUUAGAGAUCAGGUUGGGGGAGAACUUGUUGAAGUUGUUGGGGUUUCAGAUGGUGCUGAUGUAGAAACAGAACCUGGUCCAAUAGGUGUAAAAGAAGGAAGUCUUGUUGGAAAAUAUGAAUCCCUUGUACAGAUAACCCUUAUACCCAAAGGGAAGGAGCAAAACUUUGCAAAAGAAGAUAAUUCCCAAAGAGGCGUGACAGGUAAACUACAGGAGGUUUUAAAUAAGGUAAAAACUGCUCCAAAAAGUGGGAUUUAUGAUGAUCUUUAUGGAGAAUCCUUUGCUGGAAAAGUUGGUUCUUCUUGGGCAUAUUCAUCUGUUAGUUCCAGUGGUAGACCAGCUUCUCCAACUAAGGGUGCUGCAGAAAAAUCAUCAAGUGUUAAACCUGGUGCUAACUCAAGCCAUGAUGAUGAUGAUGAUGAUGAUGAUUUAUUUGGGGAUUGAUUAGACCCAAUUGCACUGCUUAUGGGUAAUUUUGAUUUGUUAGCCAGAUUUAUAUACUUGCAGGUUGAGUAGCUGCAAUCUGUGGAUACUGUGAGCGUGGCAUACUUAUCUCAAGGGAAGAAUGUGCUUGCAACUGGGACGAGUUGUCUUUGGCUUUGUACCCUCCAUCUGUUAUUCUAACUUAAUUUAACAGAUGAAAUAGAAUGGAGUUGUGCUGUUGCCUUGUUUAUUCUAGUAAACCUGCUUCUUUCUGUAAUUGCAUUGACAAACUUGUGCUAGUCUAGUUAUGAGGAGGCUUACGGCUUGAUAUACAACUAAUAUCUUGGUGGCCUUUUGAGCAGCAGCAUCGGUUAUGAUUUCGAACUUAUGAGGUGAUUGGUUUCAGUAAUCUCCUUGCUUCUUACUUUGGUUGAAGCUGCUCGAUUUGAAGGACAGCAGCUGCUCUCCACUCCAGUGUUAUAUUUUAUUCAAGAAUCAUUGCCCCCAUUUCGUAGACAUUUGUUCCUUGAUUUUUUUGGGACAUUUUUGUGUUUGUCGAAAUCAGGUUAAAGAAUAUGCUUGCAUUAGAUGAUCAUCUUUCCUAGGUUUGACAUAACAUGAGAAAAUGUAUAGGCAAUUCACAUGAGAAAGUCAACCAAGUUAUAAGGUCAAAAUCGAAAAUAAAAUUAUCAACCAGGCAUUGUAUUUUCA